AUGAAAUGGAUGCGUCAUAGUUCAGACAAAAUUUCGAACCUAAAACGGCCCACAGAUAAAACGGUGCAUUGUCGCACAUACGAACAGACCAGUCGUCGUUACAUCGCCAACAACCCCCGCCACACCAUGUCCGCCGUCAACAUUCCCGUGAACGAAAACGAGGUUUCGGUCUCGUCUUCGCCCAUCACGUCGUACGGAUCGCCCGUCUCGGGCUCGUUCCAGGGCAAGCCCCGACAGCGACGAUACUCUUACACCGCUGCGCGAACCAACAAGCUGAAGCCGUUUUCCACCGGCGACAUCAAGAUCCUGCUGCUGGAAAACGUCAACCAGACAGCCAUUGACAUUCUCGAGGGCCAGGGCUACCAGGUGGAGACCCACAAGUCGUCGCUGGACGAGGAGGAGCUGAUUGAGAAGAUCCGAGAUGUGCAGGUGGUUGGUAUCCGAUCCAAGACCAAGCUCAACUCACGGGUGCUCAAGGAGGCCAAGAACCUCAUUGCCAUUGGUUGUUUCUGCAUCGGUACCAACCAGGUCGAUCUCGAGUACGCCGCCAACAACGGUAUUGCCGUGUUCAACUCGCCUUUCUCCAACUCGCGGUCUGUGGCCGAGCUGGUCAUCUGCGAGAUCAUCAUGCUGUCGCGACAGCUGGGCGACCGAAACAUCGAGAUGCACGCCGGCACCUGGAACAAGGUCUCCGCCAAGUGCUGGGAGAUCCGAGGCAAGACUCUCGGAAUUGUGGGCUACGGCCACAUUGGCUCCCAGCUGUCCGUUCUCGCCGAGUCCAUGGGCAUGAACGUCAUUUACUACGACGUGAUCAUGAUCAUGGGUCUCGGUACCGCCAAGCAGGUGCCCACCCUUGCCGAGCUGCUGGCCCAGGCCGACUACGUCUCUCUGCACGUGCCCGAGCUGCCCGAGACCAUGAACCUCAUGUCCAAGGCCCAGUUCGACGGCAUGAAGAACGGCUCGUACCUCAUCAACAACGCCCGAGGCAAGGUCAUUGACAUUCCCGAGCUCAUCUCUGCCAUGAAGUCCGGAAAGCUUGCUGGAGCCGCCGUCGACGUCUUCCCCAAGGAGCCUGCCAAGAACGGCUCAAACGAGUUUGGCUCCCACCUCAACGAGUGGACCAAUGAGCUCCUCACCCUGCCCAACCUCAUCAUGUCUCCCCAUAUUGGAGGCUCCACCGAGGAGGCCCAGUCCGCCAUUGGUAUCGAGGUCGGCACCGCUCUCACCAAGUACAUCAACGAGGGUUCCUCUGUUGGUGCCGUCAACUUCCCCGAGGUCAACCUCAACGUGGUCAACCACGCCGAGGAGCACGACCACGUGCGAAUCCUGUACGUGCAUAAGAACGUGCCUGGUGUGCUUCUGUCCGUCAACGAGAUUUUCGCCUCCCAUAACAUUGAGAAGCAGUACUCUGAGUCGCGUGGUGAUAUUGCCUACCUGAUGGCCGACAUUGCUGACGUCGAUCAGGCCGACAUCAAGACUCUGUACGAGAAGCUCGAGCAGACCCCCUUCAAGAUCUCCACCCGACUGUUGUAUUAA